AUGAAACACGAACACAUUUCAAGUCGUGACAUGGAAUAUAAUAUUGCUGAUAACGAGUUGUUAGGUUGUGACUAUAGACCAUUGAGUAAUAAUUGUUUUUAAAAAUAUAUUCUAUUCUCGUACCAUUACAUAAAUAAACAAUUGAUUCGUAACUGAGAAUUGGGUCGUAGACGAACACAACAUCAAGUCCGUUUCGCCCAGCCCGUCUGAAUCAGCCGUUGUGAAACAAAAUGGCAACAACUUGACGAACAAUCAUCAACAAGGAACUGUGAGAACGGAAAAUAUUCAAAAAACAAACGAAAUUAAAGUACGUUUAAUUAAUAAUAAUAGUGAUGGUGGUUUUAUUAUUAUAAAUAUUUAAAAUACUUAAAAGUACUAAUAUAAUCGUAUUUCGUAAAAUACAUAUUUUAUGAAUUAUACUAUGAUUAUAGAAUUAUAUUCUAUUCCAUACUAACUUAGGGUAAUUGAUACAUACGUUCCGCCGGCAAUAUUUGACAAGAAAGCCCAGUGGUUCCUAAAAUGUGUAAAAACUGCAAUUAAGGCGUAAAGAAGGUAAUAAAUACGCAAGAAUGCACGAGAGAAAAUCUAAAAAAACGGCACUAAAAACCGAAUCGUAUUGAGUAACGUGUCGUAGGGUAAUACGUCCGAGACGGCUAUGUUUAACGCUCGAUAAAAAAUAGAACGAAAUCCGAGGUUAUACAUUUUAUUACAUUUUAUAUAAAUAAAACUAAAGAGGAGUUACACAUAGAAUGCAGUUAUUUAAAUAAAUGGAAAUUACUUAAGAUGCAAGAAAUGUUUUGUAGAAAAUGAACUUAAUGUUAUUGAUGAAAAUAUGUUUUCUCCCAAAGAAGAAUACAGUUGGUUAUUAAUGAAAACAAUCGGUUUAAGAGUACACAGUCUGUAA